UCGUAGCGUUUGAAUCGCCGCUUCGGCUCAUACCUCGGGGAUAGUUCAAGUGAGUUCGGUGUCAGUACGAUACACGUUAAUUUCAAUUAUUUUCAUUGUUGUGCGCUUUAUUGCCCUCAUCGUUAAAAACCUCGAAUAUACGAUCACAGGAUAUAUACGACAACUUGACAAAGACAUCAAAGCAUCAUCAUCGUCAUCAUGGGCGGUCAACAGCAGGAGAGCAGCGACAGUCGGCAGCAGCAGCUGCGAAGCAGCGAGGUCUACCAGUGCGGCCUGAGCUCGCAGGCCCAGGCGGUGGCCAAGCAGCAGCUGCGCGAGGACGAGGCGACCCGCAAGCACGCCCUCGAGCAGUUCCGCGAGUGGAUACGCCAGCAUCCGCGCAUCAAGCGCUGCCGCACCGACGCCGUCUUCCUGCUGCGCUUUCUGCGCACCAAGAAGUUCAGCCUGCCCCAGGCCCAGGAGAUGCUCGAGCGCUACCUCACCAUCAGGCAGACGUAUCCGGACUGGUUUCAGAAUCUCGACAUCGAGGACCCGGGCAUCGAGGCGAUCAUCGACGCGGGCUACCUCGUGCCGCUGCUGCUGCGCGACGAGCAGGGCCGACGCGUCAUACUCAGCCAGGCGGGCCGCUUCGACCCGUACAAAUUCACCUCGGCCCAGAUGGUCCGGGUGCACAGUCUCGUGGUGGAGGCACUGAUGGACGACGAGGACAGUCAGGUGCACGGCUACACGUAUCUGAACGACGAGUCGGGCCUCACGAUGGGCCACCUGUCGGCCUGGUCGGUCAGCGACAUACGCAACAUGCUCACCUGCAUACAGAACAGCACGCCGAUGCGACACAAGGAGACCCACCUGCUCAACGUGCCCGGCUGCGCCAACAAGAUCAUCGAGUUCGCCCUGGGCAUGCUGAGCGACAAGCUGAGGUCGCGGGUGCUGCUGCACAAGAACGUGAAGGAGCUGCAGAAGAGGAUAGACCCGAAGAUACUGCCCAAGGAGUACGGCGGCGAGGUGCCGUUGGCCGACAUGAUCGCCGAAUUCAAGAGGAGCUUGCGAGCCAAGAGGGACGAGAUCAAAGCGCUGGACGACAUGCGCAUCGAGAUUCUGCCCAAAGAGAAAUGCCAGUCCGCGGCCACUAGUAGUCUCGGCGGUCUGUCCGGCUCGUUCCGCAAAUUGGAGGUCGAUUGAGCCAUACGAAUCGUACACACGCGAUAUAUAAAUAUUUAUACACGAAGAGAUCAUUUUUGUUAAUAAUUUUUAAGUAUAUUUUAAUUUUAGUUGAAGUUAUUGCGAUCAGUCUGUGCGUGGAGGGGGACUUAAUUUCAUUAUGUAUUUCUAUUCAAAGUUGCGACGAGAUUGUAUCGUUUUAAUUGUAAUGUUGAUUAUGAAUAUUUAAUGUAUAGAUUAGUGAAGAAAACAACAAUAGCAGCAGCAACAAACGCAAACACGUGUGUGUGUCUGUGUUAAACGGGUGGUUUACAGUUACCUCAUGAUAAACGAAAAUACAACUGCAACAUUUUUUUUAUCCGAUCGUAAUUGUGAUCUCACGACUACGAGUGUUCGCGUCUCGUCGGAUACGAGCGAUAAUUCAUGGCUGUAUCAUAUUAUUAUUUAUUAUUAUAAUUAAAAGUAACACAUAAGUAUAAUUCAUGUAAAAAAAUAGCAGCAUAUGAAAACAUUCCACGAAUUAAAUAUAGCAUUUGAACCAGAUGCUUGAUCGGCUCUUGGAAGAUAUA